AUUGUCAUAUAAUUAUAACGUCAAUAUUUGUGUCGAUUAGGGAAGUGUUUAGGAAUUUCAUGUAAAUAAAAUUAAUUAGAAAAAUGGCAAGCAACGAACAGAAAGCUCAACAACUAAUCGCAGAAGCUGAGAAAAAAUUGAAUACUACGAAAGGAUUUUUCGGAUCCUUCUUCGGGGGAAACAGUAGAGUCGAAGAUGCGAUAGAAUGUUAUCAAAGAGCUGGCAAUUUAUUCAAGAUGGCCAAAAAUUGGCCACAAGCUGGAAGUGCAUUUUGUGAAACUGCCAAUUUGCAUUUGAGAUCAGGUGCUCGGCACGAUGCAGCUACCAACUAUGUGGAUGCUGCUAACUGCUAUAAGAAGUCUGACAUCAAUGAGGCUGUAAGCUGUUUGAUGAAGGCGAUUGAAAUUUACACAGAUAUGGGCAGAUUCACCAUGGCUGCCAAACAUCAUCAGACAAUCGCUGAAAUGUAUGAAAUAGAUGCAGUUGACUUGGAAAGGGCAGUGCAGCAUUAUGAACAGGCUGCAGAUUAUUUCCGUGGGGAAGAAAGUAAUUCUUCAGCUAAUAAGUGUCUCCUGAAAGUAGCUCAGUAUGCUGCCCAGCUUGAGAAAUAUGAAAAAGCAAUACAAAUCUAUGAGGAAGUAGCCACUUCGGCCCUAGAAAGUUCUCUCCUAAAAUAUAGUGCUAAAGAAUAUCUCUUCCGUGCAUCCUUAUGUCACCUUUGUGUGGAUUUAUUGAACGCUCAGCAUGCUCUUGAGAGAUACACCCAAAUGUAUCCAGCAUUCCAAGAUUCGAGGGAAUAUAAAUUAAUUAACGUUUUGAUUGAACAGCUGGAGGAACAGAAUAUAGAUGGAUUCACUGAUGCAGUAAAGGAUUAUGAUUCUGUCUCCCGUUUAGAUCAGUGGUAUACUACAAUACUGUUACGCAUCAAGAAACAACUGAACGAGAGCCCAGAUUUGCGCUAAGGCAUUUCAAGACGCAAUGUUGAUUUAUUUGUUGUUUAUUUAAAAUUUUAUUGUUGCCUCUUGAAAGUUCCUUUUCUUAGCUGAUUUAGGUUUUUUAGAGGAAUUCAGGUCAUUUACUUUUAAUUGGCGUAUUAUGAUAUUAGCUUGUUUUGUAAUAGAAGGUAUACAAGUAAUGACUUUUAAUAUACACUUUAUAAAUAAUAACAUUCCAUGUAUUUCAAUUGAUAUGUCAAGGGUAUAUUCAUUAUUAUGAAACUUCGCGAAGGAUGCUGCCUAAGAUUUAUAAUUCUUGUUUAAUUGUGUAUAAAAUUCACAAAUUAACUUUUUGAACAGAAACUUAUAGUCCUUAUUGCAGGUAUACACAGUUGUAAAAGAAUAAUCUGGAAUGAUACAAUGAUUUUAAAUCUACUUGAACCAUCUAAGCAUAGAUUGAUUUUUUGUUACUAACCUCAUAAAUAAUAUAUAUGGAUAUAUGGACAAAUACAGAUUGUACUAGUUACUUCAUUUGAAUUUUACUUUUUCUGCAUUGUAGGAAGGAGUGGAGAUGAAUAAUUGUCACUUUAUGAAGUUUAGAUAAUGUCUUUAGAUAUUUGAAAUUUUUGAUCACAUGUUUUGGGUGCCCUAAAUGAAACUCAUUUCUGAAUCUGAGAAAAUUAAGACUCCAUUCCUUAAUUUAUUUUUAUUGAUAUAUUCUGUAAAGGUUACAUGAAUCUACUGUUGAAAUUACUUAAAAAUAAAAGACACCCUGUAUAAUCUAAAGUUAUUAUUAAAACAAAAUAGCUGGAUUAUUCUAUUCGUUAAUGGAUAUAACAAUUUAUCCAUCUUUUUCAGCUUGAAAUUUAUAUUGAGAUUGAAUAACCAAAGUAUUGACAUAUAUUAUUGUUAUUUAUCUGAAUUGAUGAUAUAUUAUUCAGGAAUAUUGUUAGUUUCAGAACAUGUUGAGUAGUUCCCAACUAACCAGAAAAUAAUUGAAUUUAUUAUGUACACACUUGUGAAUAAGAGUGUCUUCUCAAGUUUUAAACGGGAAAUAUAUGAAAUUGAUGGAAUUUCUAAUGCCUAAAACUUCUUUCAUGCUGAUAUGCUUUGAAAAGGUAAAAAGCACAAUUGACUUGAUUAUCCAAAUAUUUUAUUUCAAUUUUUAAAUAAUUUGUUUCUCUUAUAUUGAAUACUUUUUCAAUUGCUAUCAACGAAGUUUAAAUUUUGACUUGAUGGAAUGAUAUCAGUCUAACUGUGAAUUGUUUAUAGUUAUUGAAAUCUCGCAAUUGUUGAUUAAAUUCGCAAGUAGGAUAGGUGAAAUGAUUUCAGAAUGAAUUAACUGCCAGUUCAUAAUCAUAAGCAGUGUGAGAAUUUAUAAUAUUUCAAUAGAAAUGGAAAAAUUUCAUUCAAAAACUGAUAAAUCCCAGAAGAAAAACGUUGAUUCAAUCUGAAGUGCGAAAUACAUUGUAUAAACAAAAAAAAAAAGAUAAUUAUUUUGGAAUGAAGUAUGCCUAACCAGUUGCAGGAAUUUAUGAUCAGCUGCUCAAAAAUAUACAAUUUUAUUUCAAAGUGUUAUUUUUCCAUUUCCAGCACGCUGCUAAUAAUGUGAAUUUGAAUUAAAUAAUUGCAUGAAGCAUAUCCUAAUAAAAACUAUAUAUACCUAUCAAUUUUGAUGUAAAUAUUUCAUGUUACUCGAUAAAGCUCGGUUUUAGAAUUGCA